ACAGCUGCACUUAACUCCCAAGCCUGACUCUACUUGGCCAAGUUCUUACCUUUCCCUGGGUUUGGCUUGCACUUUCUCAUCAGGUCUUUCUCCUCUGAGGUAGGAAAAUUCCAUUGGCUUUAAGGAGGGAUAGCACAUAGAAGAAAAAAUAUGAAGCAGUAGCUGUGAAGCCUGAGCAAUGGAACCUGGCAGCCCCAACCCAACUCAGUUUAACUCAGCCUCAUCAAACCUGAUCCCAGACUCAUGGCACCUGAACUUGCUGCAGCUCUCUGAUCCCAGAAUCCUCUUCAAUUCCAGCUAGAAUGUUGUGUCUGGCACUUCGCAGAUUUGGUCAAAAGCUGGUACGCAGACAUAUGCUGAAGGAAUACCCGGCCGAUAUGGGCCCUGACAGAAGACUGACCACCCUAGAUUUAGUGGCCCUGGGUGUGAGCUGCACAGUGGGUGUAGGUAUAUAUAUACUGGCUGGUGAGGUGGCUAGAGAUAAAGCAGGACCAUCCAUCGUGAUCUGCUUGUUGGUGGCCGGCCUAUCUUCUGUGUUGUCUGGGCUGUGCUAUGCAGAGUUUGGUGUCCAGGUUUCCUAUUCUGGCUCUUCAUAUCUCUACAGCUACGUCACUCUAGGUGAACUCUGGGCUUUCAUCACUGGCUGGAACCUCAUCAUCUUCUUUGUUGCUCAUACAGCCACUGUGGCCCGGGCUUGGACCUUAGCUUUCGACAAUCUGCUUGGGAACCAGAUAUCUCUGACCCUGCAUGAGAGCAUCUCACCAAAUGUUUCCCAGGUCCUUGGAGAAAUUCUAGGAUUCAUUGUUGUGGGCCUUGUGUUGUUGCUCAUGGAAUUGUUGAUUCUGAGGAGUAGUUGGAUUUUCCUGGUUUCCAAAGUGGUCAUAUUGGUGAAACUUUUGACCCUCAGUUUUGUCAUCAUUGCUGGCUUCAUUAAGGGGGACCUGCACAACUGGCAGCUCACAGAAGAGGACUACGUAAAGGCUGGACUCAAUGACACCUCAAGCUUAGGCCCUCUGGGCUAUGGAGGAUUUGUGCCUUUUGGCUUCAAGGGGAUUCUCCGUGGAGCAGCUACCUGUUUCUACUCAUUUAUAGGUUUCACUAUUAUUGUUACCAGAGUCGAAGAAGCUCGAAAUCCCCAGUAUUCUGUCCCCAUGGGCAUUGUUAUUUCACUGUUCAUCUGCUUUUUGAUGUAUUUUGGUGUCUCUUCAGCACUUACACUUAUGGUGCCUUACUACAAGCUCCAACCUGGGAGCACCUUGCCUGAGGCAUUUCUCCAUGUUGGCUGGGCCCAUGCCUGCUAUGUUGUAACUUUUGGAUUCCUCUGUAGUCUUUCCAUCAGCAUCUUUGGCUUUAUGUUCCCCAUACGUAAUCUGAUAUACAUGAUGACACAGGAUGGGCUCCUGUUCCCUGUCCUUGCCAGGAUCCAAACUGGCACAGACACCCCCAUCGUGGCCACUGUGAUCUUGAGCAUUAUUGCAGCCAUCAUGGCCUUCUUCUUUAGACUCACUGAUCUUGUGGACCUCAUGUCAGUUGGGGCCCUGCUAGCUUACUCUUUGCUGGCUACUUGUGUUCUCAUCAUCAGGUAUCAGCCUCAGAGGAGGACUGGAGGAAAUGAAGCAGAGGUGCAGGAGGAGAAUGGACCUGCAGCAGAGAAGCUGACUCUACAGGGACUACUUUUUCCAGGCAGCUCCACCCCCACUCCACUCUCUGGCCAGGUUGUCUAUGCUUGCUCCUCACUGCUUGUUCUGCUGCUCAUUCUUCUUUGCCUGGUGCUGGCCCAGUGGCCAGUUCUGCUUUCUGGAGACCCAGUGUGGAUUUCAGUGGUUGUGGUGCUCCUGGUGCUCAUCAUUGGGAUCACUGGGGUCAUCUGGAGACAGCCACAGAACUCCAGUCACCUUCCCUUUAAGGUCCCUGCUCUGCCUCUCCUCCCACUACUGACCAUCUUUGUGAAUGUUUGCCUUAUGAUGCAGAUGACAGCUGACACCUGGGCCUUGUUUGGUGUCUGGAUGCUGAUUGGGUUUGCUAUCUACUUCAGCUAUGGGAUCCAGCACAGCCUGGUCAAUUAAUCCCACUUCAAUUAAGGUCAGAAGUGUACACCUUGAACUCAUUAGUGCCAGUACAGAUUUGGCUUGGCAUCAUCACACGUGAGUGCAGUCAGGUCCCCCUGCAUAAUAUGGAGAGUACUCUUGAGCACAUGGAAAGCUGGGCCUCCAUGGAAUGGUGGUAGGGGAAAGAGCUCUGUGUGUAUUGUGUAGUGAAGAAUGUGUCUUCUCCUCCUAUUUUUUUCUUUUUUUUUACUUGUGUACUUUUCAAUUGUGUCUGUACUGCAUACUGACUUUAAACAAGUUAUUUUUAAAAGAAACUAGAAAAAAUGUUUUUGUUUUCUUUGGGUAAAUAUCCAAUAGCAGAAAUACUGGAUCAUAUGGUAGUUCUAUAUUUAAUUUUCUGAGGAAUUUCCAUACUGAUUUCCAUAAUGACAGCAACAAUUUACAUUCCCACCAACAGUACAUGAGGGUUCCUUUUUCUCCAUAUCCACACUAACACGUUAUUUCUUGUUUAUUUUUAUUUUAGCCAUUCUGACAGGUGUAAAGUGAUAUCUCAUUGUAGUUCUAAUUUAUACUCCCUGAUGAUUUGUGAUGCUGAGCAUUUUCAUGUGUCUGUUUGUCAUCUAGUAUCUCUUCUUUGGAAAAUAUUUAUUUAGGUUCUCUGUCUACUUUUUAAUGGAUUAUUUGGCCUUUUGGUUUUGAGUUGUGUAAGUUCUUUAUAUAUUUUAGAUAUUAACCCCUUAUUAGAUAUAUCAUGUGUCCUGUGGCUAAUUUGGUUUUGGAUAAAAGAAGAAACCCAAGAAAAAAAGUGAAAGGGACUGAGCUGGGAAUGCUCAGUGCUGUAUCUUUAACUCACUAAAGUCACAGUGAAGGGGGUGGAGAAAGGCAAGGAAUAGUCCUUUGCUUAGUGGUGCUCAAACUUCAGUGGGUGUCACCUCACCUGGAGGGCUUGUGGAAACACAGAUUGCUGUGCCCAGCCUCCAACUUUUGGAAUUCAGUAGGUCUAUGUGGGACCCAGAACUUGUACUUCUAAGGAGUUCCCAGGUGUUGUUGAUACUGCUGGUCCAGGGACCAUGCACAGAAAACCAAAGCUCCAGCUGAAGCCCCUCCACAUAUAAAGAUGAAGUGAAACCAAGGUACCCUUUGAACACUUACCUUCAUUUAAUGAAAUAAUAAGAUUAAAAUACCAUCACUAAUCCGUUCACAAUGGAGAAAUCAUAGUGAAUAAUUGCAUAAUGUUUAUGUUAUCAAAUCACCACCACAAUGUACAUAUUAAAAACCUAACAAUUUUAUAUAUCAGUUAUAAAUCAAUAAAGCUGAAAUUAAA